GCUUAUGUGCACAUAGGAAAUAUCGCCGUGCAGUUUUGAUUUCUGCUUUUGCUGCUUCAAAUGGGAAAUGAUUAACAUAGUAACGUCUCUGUCGUUUUGAAAUUACCGGCAUGUUCACAGCACUUCCUCUCAUAAUUCUGAACUCGCAUUUUCAUUCACUCCGUGGCUCAUUUGUUUGAUGAGCCCCCAUCCUGGGUCUCACCUCAGUGCAGCUUCUCAAUGCCACUCUUGGAGGGUCUGUCAUGUUCUCCUGUUCCCUACCAGUUAAUCCGGUACGCAUCUCGUGGUUUUACUGGCAGGAAGACGGGACAAGUAAAGUGUUGUACCACUGGGUCGACGGGCAAACAAAGCCAGCAGCCAAUGAAUAUAAGAACAGAUGCCAAGUCCCCAGCUCUGAGUUUAGUUCUGGAAAUAUUUCAAUAACACUUGAACAAGUUGAUGUUGGAGAUGACAAGAAGACAUUCUGGGUUUCUGCUAGUUAUCGGCAUAAGAAAAUCAGUCUUUGUGAAAAAUGCUGCAAAUCCACACUACAAGUUUCAGCGCCCUACCAAGACCUGAAGGUGACAGUUAACAACACUGCAAACAGAGCAACUUGCACAGCACAUGGAGGAUACCCUGCGCCUCGAGUGUCAUGGACAGGUCGAAACAAAUCCGGCGCUGCAGAGCAAGGCCUGCAUGCCGCUGAGCCGAUCCUGCAGCAGGAUCCCACAGAGAGGACCUACUCGGUCAGAAGCUCCGUCAGUGUGAAGGACUUACAAGAUGUUACCUGCCACAUCGACACCCUUCACUCCAAUCAGAUGAUUAAGAAAGAAAUCAGUGAUGAGGAGGACAACCAGAGGCAUCAUUAUAUAUUAUUGGCGACUGUAUAUCUUGUCAUUGUCUUUGUGUUUGUGUUUGUGUUAUUGUGCUCCUGCAGGACAAAGUGUUGUAAAACAGAAUGAUCAGAUGAUGGAGAACCAGGAAAAUCAGGAGAAUGUCUCUCUAGCCACAAAUCUAAGACAGAGAGACUCAGCAAAAAGCAGGCCAGCCGGAUGAUGAACUCUGUGUCUCAUCAACACAUUGGGCCUCAUGUAAGAGCCACUCAGUCAAACAGAUUUGUUCUUUAGUGGUGCGAACAGGCAUUGAAAGAGAAUUUGGGGUCAUAGCUCAAUGACUGUCACAGGACCACUUUGCUUUAGAAAGACAUUGUUAGCAUCUAGCUUCAUGCUAAACCUUUUCCUGUGUAAUUCUGUGCCUGUGCAGCUCUUCUCUCUCUAACGACACAUCACUAGCAGCUGGAUCAUUAACAUCGCUGUUAUAUGGUUUCUGACAGCAGCACUUGAAGCUCUGUGGUGAAACAUUCACUUUUUUAUGCUUUGGUAGCAUUUUUGUGAAUGAAAGCUCCCCACAACACAUAGAUUUAUAAGACAAGAGUGAAGCUAAGAGGAGAGAACUAACAGACGAAUCCCGUGUUGAGAGGGAAGCUUCGUCCUCACUGUGAGCCUUAGCUAAAUGAAACCCUUUUAUCAUUUGAAGCUGUGAAGCCGCUGUGAGGUUUUUAUCUGGUUCCCAGUAAGUGUGAGCAUGUUUGGUCCUGUGCAUGCCUCCCUCCACUGACACCCUGUCAGCUUUAGAGAUCAUUUGUUUUUAAAGCUAUUCACAGGUUGGCUCCCUCUUACAUAUCUGACCUUUUAAACCGUAACACUCGACCAAGCUCACUCAGGUCCUCUGGCCCUCAGUCGCAGGCUGCAGUCUGUGGAACAAACUGCCCCACCACAUCGGAUCUGCACCCUCGACCGACUUUACUGUUUGUAAAACUCUCCAUGUUGUUGUCAAGGUGCUACAGAAAUGAAUUUAACUUGACUUGACGAACAAGCAUACCUCAGCCAAGAGAGUUAAGAGAGGAACGAUGUUAUUGCAUGUGGUCUGAUAUCUUCUGAGAGUCCUUGGCACUGAGCCAUGCAUGUUUGCAUUUUUUUGUCCUUUGUGACGUCUACGUCACGACCCCCUCCACGUUAGCUGAUGGGACAUGGGCCAAACCAAAAACUCAAAAUGAAUGUUUAAUCAAGUAAACUUUUCCCAAAAAUGGUUUCUGAUAUUUUAGGUCAUUCCUAUCACACUGAGGUUCAGGACUUUAUUUUUAUCUGGAAGGUUUGGUUUUUAAUUAGUUAUUUGAUCAUGAUUAACAGCCGAGCGCUGCUCCUGAUUGGGUCAUAUGGAUGUAUGGGCAGGAAAUUCAUACCGUAGCCUCACUGCUGUUUCCUCUGACUGCCGUUUUAACCUUCAGCACAUUCUUGUAAAAGGCAGGUUUACAAUAAUCGCACUAUUUUUCUGCUCCACAAAUGUUUGUGGCCACGACUUCCCUUUCACACACGCACACACACACAUACACACACAUAUCCAAAGGUAUACAUCUGUUGUCAGUAUGGGCUGAUCGGUGUGAGAUAAGCAAACCACUGAUUUCAUCAGUUCCAGAAAGAAGAAAGAAGACAUUGUGGACAUGCAGUAUGUGACUUGUUUUCAGCAUUAAAAAACUUGCAGCUGCAAAUCAAAAGUGAAACAGUGUUACAUUUCCAGUAAAUCUCACCACAACUUUUGUCCCACCACCAAAAUCAGUUAAGGGUGAAUAAAACACGAUGAGAUUAAACUAAAAAUGUGACCCUGGUUGUAAGAAAAGAUUCAGCAUGGAUAGUAGAUGGUAUACAGAUAAACUAAAAGAUAUUGCAUGGGGGUUCUGAUGGGACUGCAGCCGGCCUGCUCACUGAAGUGACACAGUGGAAUUAACUUCAUUUAAAUAGUCUAGUCUGAAUAUAUCACAGCUCAUUUGUAAGUGCUUGUGGAUGCAUUCUUCUGUUGUUGCUGUUGUGGUUCACGUAUGACAACAUUAAUUUGAGAUGCUGUAAUAAACAUUGUGUUGUGGUUAGGCAGCUGAUCAAACUCUCACAUUUCAGAAAGUAUGGGGGCAUAGAACAGUAUUCUCAUUUGUCUCAGCUCAGUCUUUUCUAUAUAUACUGCACAUUUUCACUUUGGACCAGACAUCCCUCACGACGGUUUGCUCAUGUUUCUCCUGUUGUCCUCUACUUUGUCUACCUGUAUUUACUGAAUAACUAGUGCAGAAACAGACCUGCUGCACUGCAGUCGUAUCUGAGACGCCUUCCUGCGCUGGCAUGUGACAAGAUUUAGUUUGUCAUCUCAUUUCCACACAGUAAGACUGAGGAUGAAUUAUUGGGAUUUAAGAAAACAGCAGAAGUUAAAUGUAGUCAUGAUGUUAACGGGACUCUUGAAAUGCCGUGUGUCCUUACAUACACUCUCAUAUUAACACUGAGAGGUGACUUUCAGAAACAAAUCAGCCAUGUUUCUCAGGCUCUUCACUGGAGUCACGAUAUCCUCCUGCUUCUUACGCUAAGUAAACACUACAGAAGACAACAGGAUCACCUGAAAAACUGCAGCGUUAAGCGAUAACGUCGCUCACAGCAUAUGACAAAACAGCAAAACAGAGCAGCACAAAUCUUUCAUACUGUAAAUCAUUCCCUCAUCACACAACAACUGCAAACUAUGUGUUCAUACAGAACAAAUACACAUCAACAGCACUGCAUAGUGUUUGUUGAGAGGGUCUUACUUUACAUGUAACAUGUCUGUUAAAUAACAAGGUUUGUCUUCAAAGUCAGGGUCCUCACAAUGAAGCUGAGCCUUUUCUGAAGGUUCCUUUUGAAUGUUCAGCUCGAGAAGGCAACAUGAUGUGUAGAAGAAUAAUUUUUACAUUAGCGUAAGGUCACAGGAGAAUACAUAGCACAUAUAUGUAUAUGUUCCAUGGUUUUAAUAUAGUGAGCAGUGUGUAAGAGUCUGAUAUGAUUUUUCAAAAUAAAGUGACAUGAUAUUGGCAACUUAU